AUGGUCUGCCGCGGCUUCGACCGGGGGAAGUACGAGGCGACGCAGUGGGAGGAGAAGCUGCAGCAUGCGUUCCAGGAGCUCACCCAGUGUGAAGACGAGUUCGCCCUGGUCGCGGAGAUCCGGAGCGGCAUCGCGGACACGACGAAGGCGGAGAUCGACGAGCUGCUCGAGCGCGUGGGGCGCAUGCGGGCCAUCGGCAUCCAGAGCCGCAAGGUCGGGGGAGCCGCGCCGCCCACCGGCGGGGCCGCAGAGGGGAGCGCGCGCCCCAGGCUGCGGUCCGAGGCCAACGGGGACAUGCCCGACCUGAUGCCGGCGGGAUAG